UUUUUUUUGUUCUGUGAUUUAUUCUGAAACUGAGAAUUAAGAUGUGUUGUGUGUUUGCUUUGUCUCAGGCUCUCUCCAUAGCAUCUCCGGCUCUGACUGUGUGUCUCAAGCUCUCCUAAGCUUUGUCUGUCUUUCACUCUCUCGUCUUCAGUUUACUCUAAGUGUAGUGCAUUCCACAACAAGCUCUCUCUAUCCGAUUCACAACAUCACCAAGAGCUCUCUCUUAUACGAUUCCUCUCUCUUACUAUGACAUUUUGAAGCUUUUGGGCUUGUGGAAUAAAAAAAAUCAGAGAAUGGCCAAGUACUAUGACAUUGACGACAUACUUACAGAGGAAGAGUUUGCUCCUGUAUUGUUCCAUAAGCCAGCAAAUGGAGUGACUAUUGAUCCAAGUGCUGAGACAAACUCUGUUGAGCAAGGAGCUAAAGUGGAGUUACCCUUCUGGCUUGCUCACGAGUUGCAUUUGAGACAAGCUGUCUCCAUUAACCUUCCUGCCUGUUUUGACCAAAAGACGAGGUUGGAGAUACAGGCUGAUGCAGCAUGUGUGGAUCUUAGAUCACGAUGUCCUUACUUCUACGAGUUGGGUUGCAAGUUACAGCCCUUAGUUGCAGAUAGAACGAUUGGAAUCUUGCUGUCGACUGCGUUUAAGAUCAGAUACAAGGAGAGGCUGACUAAAGUGUUCACUGCAACUCAUCUAACAGCUUCAAAGUUCUUGCCAUUCUUGACUAUUGAAGAAGCAAACUUGUAUGAAGCAGCUAACUUGUCUAUGACGGCCUUCAAGAAAUGGAGAACAGGAGGUCCUCGUUUCCAGAGAGCUUCGAUACUCGGAAGAAAACGCAAGGAAUCUUGAUAUCCUUGACGUCCCUAAAACCGCUUCAUUGCUUCAUCAUCUUUGAUUCUCUUUGAAAGAUUCCAGUUGUUUGUAUGUUGUCAUUUUCAAGAUGAUAUUUUAGAAUCAUUUCAUUAUCUUUUAGUAGUUAUUAGACAAUAGUGUGUGUUUGUGUGAUAUAAAUAUCUCAAAGAUGAUAUGGCAAGAUAAGGAUUUGGUUCUCUUUUGCUGA